AGAGACUACGACGUCGUUCUUACUCAUGGACGAACCACACCACCCCGCUGGAAAGAAAAGCAGCAAGGGUUUGAACUGCUAAGGUGAAACACUGAAACUGAAAUACGAAGGAAGAAAAAUCACAGCAACGAUGAGAAUCACGUUGGAGCCGAGCUCGGAGCCAAGCCCAAGCCCAAGCCGUUCCCAAACUCCGAAAGAAGAAGUCGAAUGGGUCCCACUUCCCAAGCACCCUCUCUUCACCGCACACGGCGGAGCCACCACCGCCGCCGCUUCCCGGAACCUCCUGGCCUGGGACGGAGCCUCGCGCCUCUACUUCUGGGACUCAAACAAACGCUGCCUCCACCGCCUCUCUCUCCGUCUCGGCGACCCCGAUCCCUCUUCCGUUCUCGCCGCUUCCCCCUCUAAGGUGUUGCAAUCGGACGCGGUGCUCGAUUUCGAUGUCCGCAAAAUCUCCAUCAACAGGAAAGGAACAGCGAUACUCCUUUUCGGUUCCGAGACUCUCUCUGUUAUGUACCUCUACGGACGCGCCUCUAAGAAGGACGUGAACUUGAUUUGCAGGACUAUUACUAUUGGUUCUCAGACAUAUUGCACUGGUGGCAAUGAUAUUCGUGUGUUACAAGCAUUAUGGCACCCUUACAGUGAUACUCAUUUGGGAAUCCUUUCUUCUGACUCUGUUUUCCGACUUUUCAACCUGGCUGUGGAUCCUUUGCAACCUGAGCAAGAAUAUUAUUUACAGCCUGUUGAGCCUGGUAGAACUAGAAAGGCCUCAUCAUUGUGUCCAGUUGAUUUUUCUUUUGGAGGAGACCACUUAUGGGACCGGUUCAGUGUUUUUAUUUUGUUCAGUAAUGGGGCUAUCUAUGUACUUUGCCCAGUUGUUCCAUUUGGAAGUCUCUUCAAAUGUGAGUCUCUGGUAGAAAUAUACAAUGAUGCUCACACAUUUGGAAAAAUAUCAGCCAACUCUGUUGCGGCAAAUAAUUCAAAGUUGGCCAUCUCCUGGUUAGAAGCAGCUUUUCCGGAGUUACAGAACCAAGAAACUAAAGGAGACAGCUUGUCUUUGCUAAAAGCUCAUUCUUAUGCUUUAUUUGAUGCAUCUCUUGUCUUGCAGGGACCUCUGCGAAGAGUAGGUCAGGAUGGGAAUGAAGAUUCAGUUGGUCGUAGUGCAGAAUGUGAAGGUCGUGCUGUUAGUUUUCUCUACAAUUUAGUCAGCAAAGAUUCUAUUUUGGUGACUGCCUGGAGUGGUGGGCAGUUACAGAUAGAUGCUCUAGCCGAUGAGAUCCAACCUGUCUGGAGUGUUGGUAGUCCACCUCGUCUUCGUGUUGAUUCUCAUGACCAAAUUCUCGGCCUUGCUAUGAUUUGUGAGUCAAUUGCCAGCAGCAGUUUGUGGAAGCUUGAUCAUAAUGCCUGGUUGGGUAAUCCACCCCCUUUGCUGAGACUGGCUAUUGUUGAUUUGGCUCUGCCACGAAAAGCAGAAAGUGGUUAUAAUAUUUCAUUGUUCAUUGAUACGCUUAUGCCAGAAAGAAUAUAUUCCCUUCAUGACGGAGGGAUUGACUCAAUAGUUUUACAUUUUCUUCCAUUUACAAGUCAGACAAAUGGCAAGGAUGAUACGAUGAAAACACCAUCUGUGCACCCUGUUCUAAAUACUUGCCAGAGUGGAUUCACCUCAGAACCUUCACUUUGUGGCUUUGUGUCAUUAUCAGAUUCAUUUGGAUAUUCAUGGAUUGUAACUAUUACACUUUCUCUAGAGUGUGUUGUGCUUGAGAUGAAAAGCUGGAACCUCUUGCUUCCAGUAAGCAUUGAUAUGGAGAAGAAACCCAUUUCAUCAGAGGGGGAAUCAAAAGGGAGAGAUAUACCAACAAUAAUUAGCAAGGAACUACUUAGUGGACCCAGGGAGGUACUUGUUCCUCAGGCCUCUCCAAGUUUACGUUCCGUUGCAGCUGAUUCAAUUGAAGGCCGAUCAACAUUACAUCAGUAUUUCAAGCUGUUUCAUGAAACUUAUGUGGAGUAUGCACAUAAGGUGUACCUGGAGCUCAAGCAUCACGCACCUCAGUUGAAGAAAAUCAUUAAUGACCAACAUUCUCGAAUAGGUGAUGCACAACAGAAACUUUUGAAAGUUGACGAGAAAGAGGCUAUAUUACAGAAAAGGAUAGAUCGUGCAAUUCAAAUGCACAAUUCUUUGGAAGAGCGCUUGCAACAAUUAAGGAACUUACCUUGCGUGCACAAAAAACCACUGUCCAGAGCAGAGCGAAAGUUUAAAUCUGAGCUUGAUCACUUUAAGGAAGUUGAGUUGGAUGCUUUGCAUUCUUCUGUUGAUGCGGUAAGUGCAAGGCUGAGAAGGCACUUGCAAGCUUCGAAAGCUAAUCACCAACAGCAAAAAACACCAGGGAAGAAAAGUUAUGCAGGAGAUGAUCAGAUGUCCUUGCUCAAAUCAUCGCUUGAAAAACUUUCACUUUUAAAUACUGAAAAUUCAAAGAAAGUCGAACUUGUGGAGUCUUCAUUGAGAAACAAAGAAAGAAGCAGUAGAGAAUCAAGCCUGCCUAUGCCAUGAAAGCAUCCUAUGCUAUAUUUUAUUUCUGUAGUAGAACUGGUGUGGUUUGAACUAUGAUCCUACUUGCACUCCCUCUAAUUUAGUCACUUUAAUUGUCUCGCCAAAAUUAGGGAUUUUCAUAGAAAGAAGUUGGGAGUACGGUUAACAUAUUUACAUUAUUAAAAGCUUAAUGUCAAGGUCAACAGGAAGAAGAAAGUAGCAAACUUUGUUGUAUACUAAUACCUAACUCCCUUUUCAUAUAUGUCAGUAUCAGAAAAGAAAUGUCAAGAAAGAAGAAACCUUGGUAUUUACAUUCCGUUUAGAAUGGAACAUGCACCAGAGCCAGGCUUUUCAAUUGUCUUGCCCGAGGCUACAAUUGCCCAUAACCAUGAUGUAACUUGAUUUGUUUAGUAUAUGAGUUGCAAACGGAUCCAUAACAUACCAACCUGAGAACAAUCUCUCAACUUAAAGAG